ACGUUCGUGCCUCUGUUGUAAAAAUUCUUAUGUAUAGACAUUUCUGAGAUUAACUUUGGCAUUUCCAAUUCUUAAGCAGAACACAAUGGAUGCUAUUUCCAACGGAUGGUUUAGUGAAAUCCAGGAUGAUUUGUGGCCCGGUCAAUCGUUUUCAUUGAAAAUUAAGCAGCUUCUUCAUAAAGAAAAGUCAAAAUUCCAAGACAUUCAAGUGGUUGAAACUGAAACAUAUGGAAGGUGUCUAAUAUUAGACGGAAUCAUUCAAUGCACAUCCCGAGAUGAAUUUUCAUAUCAAGAAAUGAUUUCAUUUUUGCCGCUUUGUUGCCAUCCUAAUCCAGAGAAAGUUCUGAUUGUUGGUGGCGGAGAUGGCGGUGUGGCUCGCGAAGUUGUAAAGCAUCCAUUGGUUAAGGAAGUGCAUCAAGUAGAAAUUGACGAUCGAGUUGUUGAAUUGUCUAAGAAAUAUCUUCCUAGUAUGGCUUGCGGUUUUGAGAGCGAAAAAGUAAAACUUACUAUCGGUGAUGGCUUUGAAUAUAUGAAAAAUCACAAAAAUGAAUUUGAUGUGAUUAUAACCGAUAGUUCAGAUCCAAUCGGUCCUGCGGUCAGCUUAUUCCAAGAUAGUUACUAUGAGUUACUCAAAAAUGCCCUACGAGAAGGAGGUAUAGUGUGCUCUCAAGGCGGAAGUUUUUGGUUAGAUUUCGAUUACGUUAAAAAAACCAUGAAUGGUUGCAAAUUGCACUUUCCAAAAGUUGGCUAUGCAAUAACUUCUAUCCCGUCGUAUCCAUGUGGUCAUAUAGGAUUUAUAAUAGGAUCCCUAGACGCAAACAGAUGUCUUCAUGAUCCAAUAAAAAAGUUUGAGUCAACAGAAAUUGAUUCGUUACAUUUGAAAUACUACACAAGCCAAAUUCAUUCAGCAGCUUUCACAUUACCGCGAUGGAUUGAAAAACAUUUUUACGCCUAACGCUAAAAAAAACAAUAAUAUUGUAAAAAAGCAAUUUGUGUGUAUUUAAAUAAUAAAGAAAUAAUUGCCUUCCGGUUAUAAGGCAAAUAUACAUAUACAUAUAU